GCGUGCAAACGACGAGGUCCGCGUCUGAUGACAGCCGAGGGCCCGCACAUUGGGUCAGUCUUUCCGGGGUUCAAACAGCAAAGUAUAGCGUUGUUCAUCUCGGAGCGUGGAGGACCGUCGGCGGAUGAAUUGGUAGCAUACACAUAUGCAGCAUUAGCAGCAGGCGCGCCUUGACGUCACCGAGGGUCUGAACCAUUACACCGGCUAACCGCUCGCAGCUAACUAACCUACACAGUUCGCCACGACCGCGCACAGGUAUGUCUGAAAUUAGUCUUGAGACUGAAUCGGGGAAGACCUCAUCCGAGGACUCUGAGAUGGAUUGUGAGGGGGCGGAAAAAUCUGAAGCAAGUUUGAGUAAGGAUGAAAAACAGGAGAGUGUAGACAACAGUAGGCGAAGAGAUGACAAAGACGAUGUGCUGUACGACAUUGACAUUGACAGCGCUGAAGAAAAUGCAGAAAAGAACGGUGACGAGGCCAUUCUGGAGGCGGAUGAGGGCAUUCAGAGGGAGAGUGCAGUGACGUGCACUGACAGCGUCGCUGCACACGUGUCCGACAGGGUAGAACAUGGGGGACAGGAGACAGAUCAUCAUGUUGAAACACCGGAGGAAAGUGGAGAUUCUGACACUGAAACAAAGGAAGCCACCAUGACUGAAGAGUCCCAUAGAAGCUCAGCCGCUGAGAUCCCAGUCACCAGCAAUGGAGACCUGGAUCAGAGCCCCGAGACCGUAUUCCAGAGGGACUCGUACCCCAGUGGCCCCGGGGUCCCCAACCUCUCAGAGUCCUGUGUCACCUCCAGCAACUUUGCUUCAACAACAGAGGGCAUCAUUGAAUCGGGGCCGUACAAAGGGUCAGCAAGCCUGCCCACGUCCCCCGUGGCACCUGUAGCGCCCAGCUCGGCUGUUGCUAGCCGCCUGGCGCGCUCUUCCAGCGAUAGUCAGGCUGAGAAAGGCGCGAUGAAUGAACAGCCACAGAGUGGAGCGGUGGUCCUUUCAGAUGACUUAAAGAACCCGGCCAUGGAAAAACUGGACCUAGUGAGGAAGUGGAGCAUCAACACGUAUAAAUGUACCAGGCAGAUCCUGUCGGAGAAGCUGGGUCGGGGUUCGCGGACCGUGGACAUGGAGCUGGAGGCGCAGAUCGAAAUCCUCCGCGACAAUAAGAGAAAGUACCAGAAUGUGAUCAAGCUGGCUCAGACUCUGUCCGCUCAGCUGUCCCAGAUCAUGCAGACGCAGAGGCAGCUGGGCGACGCCUUCGCCGACCUCAGCCUCAAGUCACCAGAACUGCACGAGGAGUUUGGGUACAACGCUGAAACCCAAAAGCUUUUGUCCAAAAACGGAGACACGUUGCUGAGCGCCAUCAACUUUUUCAUCUCCAGCGUGAACACGCUCGUGGACAAAACAAUUGAGGACACCCUGAUUAAUAUCAAACAGUAUGAAUUUGCCAGGGUCGAGUACGACGCGUACCGUACCGAUCUGGAGGAGUUGAAUCUGGGGCCACGUGACGCCGCCACCAUGCCCAAGAUCGAGCUCUCCCAGCAACAGUUCCAGGUCUACCGCGAGAAGUACGAGAGGAUGCGGAACGACGUCUCCGUCAAGCUGAAGUUCUUGGAGGAGAACAAGGUGAAGGUGUUGCAUAACCAGCUCAUCCUGUUCCACAAUGCCAUCGCCGCGUACUACGCCGGAAACCAACAGCAGCUGGAACAGACACUCAAGCAGUUCCACAUCAAGUUGAAAAUGCCAGGUGGGGACUGUCCAUCUUGGCUGGAAGAGCACUAAUCACUCCGUUUGAAGCCACAGCGGCUCGGUUUGAUGGGAAAUGGCAAAUUCUGCAACUUCAACUCGAUUGUCACUGCCUUUCAAACUUUCACAAUCUUUUAACUCGAUACGCAAAAUGAUAUAAAAUAACAACCUCCUCCAAUCCUUUUUACUCUUGUUGUUAAAUCAUCAUGAUCAUCUUGCACUGAUUUGAAAAUCAGUGCAAUGAAACGCACUUUUAAACUUGUUUUGAUAAAUUGCAGUGAACACAUUUGGAAACUGUAAAUGGCCUUUUGCAAUCCAGCACAUGAAUGUUGCAUCUCUUGUUGGCUCUGUAAGGACAGCUACAGGAUCCACAUUAUAUACAGUCGACUGAGAUCUAGACGAAUACUUUUAUGGAAGUCCCAUCAGGAGGCUUCAGGAGACUCGACGUGAAUUCUCAUGAUUUGAUUUGACACCUCUUGUGAUAAACGCGGCAUUCAGAUUUAUGAAUCAUGUGCAAGACCAGAAAACUCUGAUUAAAGUGGUAGUUUGACGUUUUGGGGGAAACGUGCCUAUUUUUGCAAUUUGUUUGUUCACUUAUAGGACUACAGACAGCAGUCGGUUAGCUUAGCUUAGCAUAAAGACUGAACAUGGUUAGCUGUCAGGGUAACCUGGCUCUCUUUUUAAAGGUGAACACAAUGUCGCCUCCCAGCACCGCUCAAGCUCACUAAUAUGAAGACCAAAGUGUACAAAAUGAAGACGUGGUUUUUUACAGGAGGUUAUGUGCCUUUGGACAGAGCCAGGCUAACGGUUCCCCCCUGAUUACAGUCUUUAUGCUAAGCUAAGCUAACCAUUUCAAAGUGCAAACGUGAAAAUGCUUUUUCUCGUCUCGUCUAACUCUCGACCUUUUAAAAGAAAUGAGUAUUUCCCAAACUCUAGAACUAUUUCUUUAAAUCGAUAUGUUAAAAUCAUGUUUGUCUGUUCACAACAAACGCUGCAUGUUGUGAUUAUGAUCAUGCUGACGGGAUGCUAUUUCUAAUCGAUAUUAUUCUCUGUCUGGCAUAUGACUCGAUGGGUAAAAGUGUUUUGAUUCUCUUCUAUCCCAGAGGGAAAAAAAUGAAGGACCAGCCUUAUGUGACUAAAUGUGCCUUGAAUUCUUGAAUUUGUUCUUCUGUGCUUCGAUAUUUGAAUUGUUGGAAGAAGAAAAAAGAAAAAAAGGCGCUUUCUCUUUCGGUUUUCAGGACCAACUCUGGAAGGAAGAGAAUGGAGAACACACACACACACACACACACACACACACACACACACACACACACACACACACACACACACACACUGCAGUUGGAGCCUGUACAACUGUACAUGUUUAAACGCAACACACAUAGGAUAGCUGUGUUAAGAAACACUCCAGAGAGAGUCUCCAUAAGUUUUUAAGGCUUGCUGUUCUCAAAGAUAUUUAUCCGUAUUGCACACAUGCACAUUUAUGCAUUUGAGACUAAUUAAAAAAAGAAACUGUAUAUGUGAGGUGAAAACCAAAAUACGAUUUAACUUUUUGUAAAUUUGAAAUGCCAGCAUCCUUUUGUCAGAGCUGCUAAGUUUGUUUCAUCGGGCUACAUAAAAGUAUAUUUUUCAAAGAGGACACACUGUAACGCUGUUAUCGAUAACCAGCUGUUACUGUGUGGAUUUGUACCAUAGCGGCUUGUGAGUGUGAAUCUUGUACACCAAUCUAUUGUUUCCUUGAAAUGGAUGGAUAUAUAUAUAUAUAUAUAUUUGUAAUCUUCGCUAUUUUACCUUGUAGUUUACAAUCAAUGCUGCCAUUUGGCUUUGUUUUUGUCUGGGUUUCUUUUAUUUCUUUUUUUUCUGAAGACCUACAGAAUGAUGUGCUAGUUCUAGUAUUUGCUAGUGGGUCUUUUGCCUUUUUUGUAACGAUAAAACAUUAACAAAUGUUGAGUUGAGAAAUGUUGUGUUAACUCUUUUGGGGAAGAUUAAAGUUUCUUUUCUUUAUCCUCUCGUGGUGUUUGUGGGAGCGGCUCGUAUGAGGAGUCGCCACCAGGGGCCAACAAAGAAACACACGUUGUCCCCGAGGGGGCAAGAAAAGCCCCAUGAAAUCAUACAAUUACAUUUCCAGUAAAUCUUUUCUGCAUUCA